AGCAUCAUCUGGUGUCGGUGGAGGAAACUAAAAAGCUUACUCUAAGGAUAAGAAAUGAGAAGGGGCACUCGUCGAAAGUCUUACCACGCACACACGAUAGAUAUCCACAUUAUCGAUCUCCCAUGGUAACUCAUGGGUACUCACCGAGUAUAACAGUCGGUAGAAGCGAAUUCUCUCAUCGAGCGUAUCCCAAGACCGAUGACGGCGACGUGCGAACGUGGCGGCCGCUUCGACGACAUAUGAUGUGACACCGGAGCACGUCUUCUCGGUCGUCGGAAGCAGGAAAGCGACGCGCGCGCGGGGCCAGGCUCUCGUCCGCGAUCCCUUGGAGUGAGGGAACGGGCGAACAACACGAACGACGGUGAGUGGGGCCCCACGCGCAGUAUGGGCAUAACCUGUUGGACGACGGCACGUUGUAGCGCUGCGAUCCAUCGCGGUGGAGCCCACGACGGAGCGAUUACGGCCGUCAGGUCGUCCGCCGCACGGCAGACACCGUGAUGAUAUGAAUCUGCGGGGACGAUCGCGUUGAGAGAGAAGAGCGACCAGAACAAGAAUCCGUCAUGUUCCACUACCUGCAUCUCAGGAGUCGUUUUCUGCAGACCCUGAUCCUCGCGUUGAUCGGCCUGACCUUCUACGCGUAUUAUCGUACUACCGUUAAUGAUGUUCGCCAGUACAGCUUGCUACGGAACAUCAGUUUGCCUGUGUACCAAGAAGGCCUCCAUGUACAUACAAAUCUCAGUGUGGACACGCGGCUGACAGCAGCAGCAUCCAGGAACUCCAACUCGGACAAUGUGUCUUUGAGUCCAUAUAUAGCACACAACGCGAGCAACAACUCCGCGAUUCUUAUCACGACGCUGUCAACAUCCUCCAGCGCGCAGUCCUCCGCGUCGUCUUCCGCGAGCACAUCAAUCAACUCGAAGCAAAGCGCGAACGAGAAGCUUCAGGUGGCGAAAAUUCAGGUGGUCAACGCGACCAGAUCAGCGCCGAUCGCGAUUCGCAAUGACUCGGCGCGCGCCAUAUACGAGGUCGGCCAUACGGUACCGAUACCUGAGCGCUGUCCAAACCUCGGUAAGGAAAUAGAACUGGUGGUGAUCGUGAUGUCCGCGCCGACGCAUCUCGAGGCUCGAACGGCAAUUCGACAGACCUGGGGACACUUUGGCCAGCGUAGAGAUGUGAGCGUGCUCUUCAUGCUCGGCACUACUCUGGAUCCUAAAGUCGAGGCGAUCUUGCGAAAGGAGCAGAACAUGUACAAUGAUGUGAUACGCGGUCGCUUUCUCGAUUCAUAUUCGAAUCUUACGCUCAAGACUAUCUCGACAUUAGAGUGGGUGAACACUUAUUGUUCCAAGGUGAAGUACCUGUUAAAGACCGACGACGACAUGUUCAUCAACGUGCCGCGAUUGCUGGCAUUCGUUAACAAACAUGCAAAGGAUCGUAACGUAAUAUUUGGCCGACUUGCCAGAAAAUGGAAGCCAAUCCGGAAUCGCAAGAGCAAGUAUUACGUGUCACAGGCACAGUUCCAGCAGUCGGUCUUCCCGGACUUCACUACCGGGCCGGCGUAUCUGCUGUCGAGCGACACGGUGCGUCGUUUAUACGAUGCCGCUUUAGACCAGACGUACCUGAAACUGGAGGACGUGUUCACCACGGGAAUUGUCGCGCACAAGCUCGGCAUCAGGCGCUCCCAUGCCAACGAAUUCCUGAACAAGCGGAUACAGUAUACCCCCUGCAACAUCCAGCGUGGCAUCAGCAUACACAUGGUCAAGUACAGUGAGCAGUUCGAUCUCUGGAAGAAGCUGCUCGACGGUAAGAGCAAAUGCAAGUGAUAACUAUUAGCGAGGCCAAAGGCGACGAAGGUUCUACGCUUGACCCUGGCGAACCAAAUGGUACGAUCGUUACCGCCUUAAUGCGAUUUGAGUGCCCGGUUAAAUGCCAACCGGCUAUAACCAGCCGUCGUUUCACCUCAUAUACGUAGUCAUACACGCGCGUGAACACACAUAUACAUCCGACUCGAACUCGAAGACGAACUCGGUGACACGCGUAUAAACUGUAGUCGGAGAUUGUGUGUCGCGGCACGAGAGACUUGGAGAUUUCGCCGCUUAGAUUUUUACACGAUGCACCAAACGUCUCACGACUCAGACUUUUCUCACAGGAGUCGAGAAUGAAAGUAACCUUUAUCUCGAAUGAGUUUGCUGUGAGAUGGAAUUUGUAGUUUACAUCUCUUUUGAAGGCAAAAUAUAAUUUUAUA